AUGAGCUCCGCUUCAGGAAAUCAGCACGCCACCUAUCACCUGGCACCCGACUUUUCCAUAUCUCCCCCGCCAGAUGGAACGCUGGAUCUCGGAUCUAUUAUCGACGAUCUUAUCGAUCCGGAUCCCCUCAAUCAGAACCCACCGAUAGCGCCUGCCAAGGUGUUCAAGGAUGAGAAAAAGGGAUUCCAGGCUAGUCGUUCAAGUAUGAAAAGGGGGGAAUUUGGCAUCUGGGCCAAGGUGGUUGGUAUCGAGGGACUUGGAGGAGAGGCUGCUGGGAGCCUUGAGACCACGUCGGAAACCACCUACCGAUUCAAAAGCAUCGAAACCACCUACUUCUCCGCGAACGAAGAAUACAUCUGUCAAGCCCUAAAAGAAGAAGCUGUACAGCAGUACUUGAAUUCUUCUAAAAGCAAGAUCGUGUACACUGUGACGGGACUAAAUAUCGCCAGAGGUCCUGCAGCUAGCGUCAGUAGUAGCAAACGAGGAGAGGUUCACGGGGAGGGUUCUUUCAGUCAACCAGAGUUAGGCGUAUCAAAGGAGAACACUGCUUCGAUGGAGUUCGAGGUCUCUAGCGACUUCGUGACUGGUAUUCGGGUGAAACGAUUGAGGUAUAAGAGGUCGGGGAGGAUGUUCGGGGCUCGAAAACUGUCUAUCAGCAAAUAUCACAGUGGAGCCACGCUCGUGGGCAUCGGGGAGGAGACGAAAGAAAAGACUUUCCACGUCGAAGAGAUGGACGAAGACAUGGAAGGAAUGCAUCGUUUGGUGGACGACGUUGAAAUUGACCCUCUCUCAGAGGUCGCAAUUCCAACUACGUUUUGGUUGCUUUCGCAGACACGCAUUCCAGGCGGAGAGUUGUGA